UCACAAAUUUAUAAAUCUUUCCUUCUUUGCUUCUUUUUAGUUCUUCUUCCUUCUUUCUCCUACUUACAGUUCAUCCAUUGACUAAAUCAUACAUCUUAUCUUUUAUCAAUUGAACUUGGAAGUAUAUAGACUCUUGUUUCAAUAUGAAAUUAUCUACAGUUUCAACCUCCACUUUAUUGGCUACGGCUUCCAUUCUUGGUGCCUCUAAUGCCUUAUCUUUAUCCCUUCCUUCAUUUGCCAAUCCUCAACAACUUUUAAACUUGGAUUAUGGUAAUGCUUUCCAUUCUCAAGUUGAUAGAUUAUCUGAAUCAGUUAUGAAUGGUAAUGUUCUUGGCGCCAUUGCUAAAUUCUUAAAUGAACCAUUAGAAUCAAUUCCAGCUGAAACUAAACAAAUUUGGGCUGAUUUAAUGUUAGAUUUUCCUCAAUCUAUUGCUUCAUUAAACUUUAAAACUCCUGGUAAAAAAGCUUCUAAAAAAGCUGAUUUUGAUUUCCAUGUUACUGAUCAAAAAUUCCCCGGUCAUAAAUUAAGAGUUAAAUCAACUCCAGAAUCUUUAGGUGUUGAUACUGUUAAACAAUAUUCCGGUUAUUUGGAUGUUGAAGAAGAAGAUAAACAUUUCUUUUAUUGGUUUUUUGAAUCUAGAAAUGAUCCUAAAAAUGAUCCUGUUAUUUUAUGGUUAAAUGGUGGUCCAGGUUGUUCAUCAUUAACUGGUUUAUUUUUUGAAUUAGGUCCAUCAUCAAUUGGAGAAAAAUUAAAACCAAAAUUUAAUCCUUAUGCUUGGAAUUCAAAUGCUUCGGUUAUCUUUUUAGAUCAACCUGUUAAUGUGGGUUAUUCUUAUUCUUCAGAAUCUGUUUCAAAUACCAUUGCUGCUGGUCAAGAUGUUUAUGCCUUUUUAGAAUUAUUCUUUAAACAAUUCCCAGAAUAUAAUGGUUUACAAUUCCAUAUUGCCGGUGAAUCUUAUGCUGGUCAUUAUAUUCCAGUAUUUUCUGCUGAAAUCUUGAGUCAUGAAGAUCGUUCAUUCAAUUUAACUUCGGUUUUAAUUGGUAAUGGUUUAACUGAUCCUUAUGUUCAAUAUAAUUAUUAUGAACCAAUGGCUUGUGGUGAAGGUGGUGAACCAUCAGUAUUAUCUCCUGAAGAAUGUCAAAGUAUGACUGAUUCUAUUCCAAGAUGUACUUCAUUAAUUAAAAGUUGUUAUGAAUCACAAUCUUUAUGGUCAUGUGUUCCUGCUUCAAUUUAUUGUAAUAAUGCUGAAAUGGGUCCAUAUCAAAGAACUGGUAGAAAUGUUUAUGAUAUUAGAACUAUGUGUGAAGGGUCUAAUUUAUGUUAUAAAGAUUUAGAAUAUAUUGAUUCUUAUUUAAAUAUUGAAGAAGUUAAAGCUGCUUUAGGAGUUGAAGUUGAUGAAUAUGAAUCAUGUAAUUUUGAUAUUAAUAGAAAUUUCUUAUUAGCUGGUGAUUGGAUGAAACCUUAUUAUACUAAUGUUAUUACUUUAUUAGAAGCUGAUAUUCCAGUUUUAAUUUAUGCUGGUGAUAAAGAUUUCAUUUGUAAUUGGUUAGGUAAUCAAGCUUGGACCAAUGAAUUAGAAUGGUCCGGUAAAGAAGGAUUUGCCAAAGCUCCAGUUAGAACUUGGACUCUUGAUGAUAAACCAGUUGGUGAAGUUAAGAACUUUGAACAUUUCACCUUUUUAAGAGUAUUUGGUGGUGGUCAUAUGGUUCCUUAUGAUCAACCUGAAAGUUCAUUAGAUUUGGUUAAUAGAUGGAUUAGUGGUGAUUUUAAAUAUUAAAAUUAAUCUAAUCUAAUCUAAUUUAAUCUUGAUCUAACUAUAUAAUAUUAAAAGCUUUCUUUCUUUCUUUCCUUCGAUUGAUUCGUUCGUGUUUUCCUUUCCUUUUCUUUCUUUUUUAUUUGUAUUCAUUGUCAGUUAUAUGUCUUACACCUCAAUAUUUAUUAGCCAAAAUUCAUUGACAUUACUAUUUUUUUUAACAAUUGAAGUUUUUGUUUAAUAACAACUGUGGGUGAUUCAAAAAUAUAACAUGUCGUUAUAUAAUUUAUAUACCACUUUUAUAUAUAUAAAAAAUACUCUCAUAAAAUGCAUAUGUGUGAUUUCAUAUAU